CCAACUUCCGAUCCCCAAAUCCUCCAGCCUCCUCGCCGCGCCGCCGCCGCUCCCUCCGCUCCCUUCCGAUGGCCCGCACGAAGCAGACGGCGCGCAAGUCGACGGGCGGCAAGGCGCCGCGGAAGCAGCUGGCGACGAAGGCGGCGCGCAAGUCGGCGCCGGCGACGGGCGGUGUGAAGAAGCCGCACCGCUUCCGCCCGGGCACGGUGGCGCUGCGCGAGAUCCGCAAGUACCAGAAGAGCACGGAACUGCUGAUCCGGAAGCUGCCCUUCCAGCGGCUGGUGCGGGAGAUCGCGCAGGACUUCAAGACGGACCUGCGGUUCCAGUCCUCGGCCGUGGCGGCGCUGCAGGAGGCCGCGGAGGCCUACCUGGUGGGGCUCUUCGAGGACACCAACCUCUGCGCCAUCCACGCCAAGCGCGUCACCAUCAUGCCCAAGGACAUCCAGCUCGCGCGCCGCAUCAGGGGCGAGAGGGCCUAGAGCGCCUCUGCUGCUCGUCCGUCGUCGUGGUGCUCGUUUAUCUGCGGUGGAAGGACUAGAUGGAUGGGACAUUCGUUCGUUGCUGUGCUGUCUUGUAGUAUUUUCCUGAAUGUGUUGGCCUCACUACAAUGGAAAAUGAUGGGUGGUUUCUGAAUGGCUUUGUUCUCGCAAGAAUUGCUGUGUGAUGUGAUCGAUGCUGCUAGCUGCUUAAUCUGUUCUUAGUACUAAGCAUCUGACUGUUAUGUUUAACGAGCUGGAAGGAAUCAGCUCGCUGUUGAACAGAGGAGCUGGAUCAACCUUCCUUCAAGCAGUUCAGGAUGAUAGUAAUGUUCUAGAUGCGUUGGCCUCACUGCAAUGGAAUACAA